GAUUUGAUCUGUCCUGUGAAAGAGCAGAGCUGGCACACACGCUCUGCUGCUGGUGUAUGAACAGCACGGAAUUUGCUUGAGCUGGGCUGCUGGUAGAGAAAACGGAUUCUGCCAUCUGAAGAAGAGUGCUUUUGCCUUUGCCACCGAUGUACUUACCUCGGAGUAGCACCCGGGAGCGCAACUGCGAGGAAAUGCAGCACGUCAGAGCACAAAUUAUGUCAUGCAGCCAAUGACUGCAGAAGAUCCCGGCUCAGAGCUUGCCUGGGGAUAUAAAGCUGGCUGAAGGAGCAAAAGUAGCGACGAGCUGAGCAGGAGAGAAGCACAUAGCAGGAGGCAGGAGCAUCUCCCCUCCGGCUGCUCGCGUACCUCGUUUGCAGCCCCCGAGCGCGCCGGGGCUGAGCGAGGCGGGAGCGGCUCUCCCGGCACACGGAGCGAGUUCUGCUCUCGCAAAUGAGCUCUUCCAGAGCCGGAGCGGCAGAGCGGCGUCCCAGAGAUGCUGUCCUGCUUUGUCUGGCUCGCCCUCCCCGACUUGGUUAAUGCCUUUGUGACCCCAAAGCUGCCCCUCAAUGGGAGCCUGGAGGAGACUUUUGUAGCCCCGAACGUGUCGGGUUUCUUUUCCUGGGAUAAUGAGAGCCUGGCGGACUGGCGGAGCUUUGUGGACAGGAGCCGCUACGGAGCGGAGUCGCAGAGCACCACGGUGAAAGCCUUGCUCAUCGCGGCGUACUCCUUCAUCAUCGUCUUCUCCCUCUUCGGCAAUGUCCUGGUCUGCCACGUUGUCAUCAAGACGAAGCGGGUGCACUCUGCCACCAGCUUGUUCAUCGUGAACCUGGCUGUGGCCGAUAUCAUGAUCACCCUCCUCAACACACCCUUCACGCUGGCUCGUUUUGUGAACAGUACCUGGAUCUUUGGGAAGGGGAUGUGCCAUGUCAGUAGGUUUGCACAGUACUGCUCCCUCCACGUCUCUGCCUUGACCCUUACAGCCAUUGCUGUGGACAGACACCAGGUUAUAAUGCACCCCCUGAAACCUCGCAUAUCAAUUGGAAAAGGUGUCAUCUAUAUCUCCAUAAUCUGGAUCAUGGCAACUUGUUUUUCCCUACCACAUGCUAUCUACCAAAAGCUCUUUACCUUUGAAUACAGUGAGGAUGUUACCCGGUGCCUGUGUCUGCCAGAUUUCCCUGAGCCUGCUGACCUCUUUUGGAAGUACCUUGAUUUAACAACCUUCAUUUUGCUCUAUGUCUUGCCCCUUCUGAUCAUCUCUGCUGCCUACAUGACGGUGGCAAAGAAGCUCUGGCUGCGCAACGUCAUCGGGGAUGUCACCACCGAGCAGUACUUCGUCCUUCGCAAAAAGAACAAGAAGACCAUCAAGAUGCUGAUACUCGUUGUCAUCCUCUUUGCAGUUUGCUGGUUCCCCUUGAAUUGCUAUGUGGUCCUCCUCUCCAGCCAGACCAUCCGCACCAACAACGCCCUGUACUUCGCCUUCCACUGGUUUGCAAUGAGCAGCACCUGCUACAACCCCUUCAUCUACUGCUGGCUCAACGACAGCUUCCGAUCGGAACUAAAGGCUUUGCUCAACAUGUGCAGAAAACCCCCCAGGCCCACGGAGCAGAGGCUCCCCUCCACUGUCCCAUCCUACCGACUGGCUUGGCCAGAAAAUGGCAACUUCAAGAGGUUGCAGGCCUCCCAUGUGCUUCCACCAUCCUCCACCAUCCAGUCAGGGAAGACAGACAUCUCUGCAGUUGAGCCAAUAGUAGCUGUGAGUUAAACAGUGACCUCGGACUGCACAUAAAUUUGGCAAGAGCUAAAACAGUGGAAGAUGUGGAGCCCUGGGCCACACAACAGGUGAUAAAACCAAGAAGGAGGUUCUGCAGGAGGCAGCAUGAAAGACCUGCAUGUUUGAUGCAGGUUGAUGACAAUGGUGUGGAGACCCUACAGGGGAGAAAGUAAACUCUUCCCAGGAAGGAACUUUUGUCUUUGUCAAGGUGACUUUGGACUGGCUCACAGAAUAGGAUUCUCUGCAUGUGUGUUGCUGUUACCUGCAUGACUAAGCCUUUUUAGAACUAGGACUGUGGGUGUGUUUUCCUGGUACUUAAACAACAGCGACAUCACAUCAGAUCUCCCUUCCCCUUUUCUGAGUCUCCUCGUGGCAACCUGGAAAUGAUUGAGAUGUUGACCUUUAUGUUGCUAUCUGAUCCAGUGCAACUGGGUAGGAAAGCAUUCUUUCUGAACUGGAGUCUGAAAAGUAAAGACUUUUUCAGAGUGAAUGAACAGAUCUAUUCCAUAAAUCCUUUUUUAAGAUCAAUUUGAAGAAAAGUGGAUGCCUAUCCUUAAAGCAAGUUGAUGGUUUUUCUUCAAAUAGAUAACUAAACCUAAAAAUCAUACAAAAAGUUGGACAUGCCAUUCACAGUUGGAGAAUGGAUAAUUAAGUGCUACUGUGGGUUUGGACUAAAAGCUUUUAUCAAAGCAUCUUUGCAUCACUGUCAAGUUGCAGCUAAAGGAUCACACAGUUCGACUUUUUAACUUGCCUUUGAAUGUUGCUCUCUUACCCUGUAAAGCACCUGUACACUUGUCACUUCAGACAUUUGGGACAUUUAAUUCCAACUAAGAAGUUAGCUCUCUGGAAUGAGUUCAUAAAUGAACUGCUUUGAGAGACCGUAUCUCUGACAGCAAGUAAUAAAAGUGGAACAUUUGACAGCAAGUUAUCCUCUGGCGAUGACACAAUCUUGGUGCAUUUGAAGAUAGCUGAGAUGUGUCCUAUUUGGAGUGGCUAAGAAACUGCAAGUGUCUGAAGUAGAUUUCAGAACUUAAUGUUCUUAGCAGAAGAAAAUAUGGGUUUGAGCAACAAAAAACUGUACCUUAUAUUGCACAGAAAAACAAACCUCCUCAUGCUGUGGAAAUUAGCUUGAGUAUCACACCAGGGUGCCCCAUUCCACAUUUAACUUGCAGCAUUCAGCAGUGAAGUGAGAAAAUCUUACUAUAAAUGAAAAAAAAAACCAAAAAAACAAAAAAAGUGAAGCUGUGUAUCUCAGUGUCCUGUAAUAAACUUACAGUUCUGAAAUAAUUUAAAGCUUUGUGUAGGGUUUUCACACUUCAGUAUUUAAAGAGACUGAAGUAUCUACCACUCCUUGCAGCUAGCCUGCCCUUGCGCAAGCGGUUAUCAGUCUCUCACUGUGAAUCCAGUGCUAUCUUACUGCCCUUUAUCAAUGCUCCUGGAGUCAGAAUAUUUUGUAUCACUGAUCUGCAGAGUCAAACCUUUCCUCCUUCUUUCUUUGACCCCUUACACCAAGUCCCAUUUCCUCCCUCAACACCUGCAACAUAUCAACCCUGAAUUGUUAAAGUAGUUGAACUGAAUGAUCACUCCAGGUCCCUUCCAAAUGAACUAUUCUAUUCUAUUCUAUUCUAUUCUAUUCUA